AAAAAAGUAAAAAAAUGACAUUGACAAAAUACUUCUGAUUUUUUUCAAUUUUCUUUGUAAAAUGUUAUUCACAUGUUUUUCUUUGCACGUGGAUUUAUGAUUAUAAAAGUUUUAUUCAAUCAGGUUUCUCAGGCAGGUUUACCGAUAAACCUUGUUACCGAAGACAGCAAACAUUCGGAUGAGUAAUAAUUGCGAAACGGGAUCUGGGGGGGCAUCUAUUACGCCAUCGGCAAGGCCGAGUAUUCAUAGCACGUGCAGAAAUUGUCCAUUAACUAGCAUAGAAGGCAUGGCUCGCUAUGGUUUGAAAAACAAAGAGUCAAAGCAAAAAGAGACACAGUCACAGGCUAACACCAGUACUGAAGGCAGAGACGUAGUAGAUAAUGUACAAAGCAAGUUUUUGCAUACAUCAAGUCCAGUGAACGCAAGACGCAAUGUCAAAAGAAAUUCAGUGGAAUUAACAAACUCACCAUGUACCAAUUAUUCUGAUGACGAUUGUGUGCUUGCCAAAUCUGUACCUUCGUACCUCCCAUCAUAUUCCCUUUACAGAGAUGAAUUUAUAUGGCCACACAGUUAUACAAAUGAGUCUGCUAACAGCACCAGCUCUCAAUUCUGCAAUGAAAGGUCAUACAGACAAAAUGAGUCAAAUUACGAAUCAAUUCAUGGAACACCUAUAAGACAUCAGCAGCCUAGUGAAAUACAAACACCAUCACAACAGUCACCUGUGGUUUUACUAGGAGUGCUGGUGUCUGUGAUAGCUGUAAUAGGUGCAUCAUAUUAUGGCUAUGUCCCUGAUGAAAUUGGCAAAGUAUUGCCUGAUAUAUUCCCAGCUACUACAACAAACUUCUACAACAGUGCAAAAUUCCACAAUGACAUGAAUAGCCUUGGGCAGAAAUAUAAAAUUGCGGAUAACUCUAUCUUGAAGAUACAAACAGGCAUAUCCACAAUAUUAGAAAGACAAGACACAGGCUCAUUUGUGUUUGUAUACAAGAGUAACCAAAUCAAUUUUGAUUCAGAGGAAUUUGAUAGUUUUAUGAACUCUAUUGCAACUACUGCUGCAAAAUAUUUACGAAAUGACAGUACACAAGUUCGGCAUAUUGUAGUAGAUGGAUCAAAACUGGAAAUGCGUGUCCACAGUGAAUUGAUAAACAAGUACCGUGAUGAAGUCACAAAAACUGGGGUGAUGUUAGUAAGGGAGCUGGAUGAAGUCCCAUCAUCACUUGCCAUGGCCUUCCAUUACUACUGUGAUGAAUACAAUCCACUGGUCAAGAAAAGUGCUAUAUUCUUCACUUUAGAUAUGACCAAAUGUUCUCUUAAUCCAGUUGAACAAAAACCAACUCAUGCUAUGAUAGAGAAAUGCCUUCAGAAGAAGUGGGCUGGAGUGCCAGAAGACAAUAUUAGACCAUUACUCAAUAGAGUAGUUAGCACUGUAGUGGAUAUUGGUGGUGAUUAAAUUACUAGUAUUUCUUUGCAACAUAAAUAAGAUUGUUUACACCACACUUUUAGGUGUAAAUACCCCAUUGUCACAUAAUGGGGUUACAUAGGUACACACUUUACUACUCCUUGGUGUUGGUGGAGUGCAAUUGCAAUAGGCAGUAUUACAAAACAAAUAGGUACUCAUUUUUUAUUAAGGCCUAAUGUGCAAGUACAGAAAAAAAUUAAUGUCACUUAAUAUAUAAUAAUAAAACAUUGCAUACAUAUACCUGUAUUACAAAAAAAUUCGAUACAAUCCAGUGAUCGCAAAAUUAGUUUUUAUCAUCAAAUUGAGGAAAGUAUAAUAGGACCAUACAUUGAGAUAUUUCCCCAAAAAGUAUCAAUUUUUAUCAAAAAAUGAAAAGGUAACAAAUAGAAUACCAGUCUCCAGUAAACCAAGACUGAAUGCCUUUAAUAUUAGAAAUUUAUAUUAAAAUUAUUGUUUUUUUUAUAACUUAUUAUAUUGGUUAUUAUUACUUAUUACAUUAACCUGUUAAGAAUUAUAAAUUAAGGUGAAAAUUUAUAUUGUAAUAAAUAUACAUUUCAUUUUGAAA